UGACAGCCAUGUUGCGGGUCCAGUCCGUGUGAGAUGGUGCCGUGAGGAAGAUGGCUGCUCGAAAGCUGCUCAAGUUUCUCAUUCUGUUCGACAACACGAACCUGCUGUACUUCCCAGGGCAGUUCCUCAGUGGCAGAGUCCUGGUGGAACUGGAGGACGACACCCCCGCACUCGGUCUGCACUUCCAUGUGGUAGGGGAAGGUGUGGUACGGCUGCGAAGCCAGCGCCAGGAGCGAGUGUAUGACCGAGAGAACUACAUAGAUUUCCGCAUGAGGCUGUUGGGGGAGCCUGGGCAAGGGCCUGUCCUGCUGUCCCCUGGCAUUCACAGCUUCCCGUUCAAGCUUGGUUUGCCGCUGGGUCUGCCAUCGACAUUCCUGGGGAAACAUGGCUGGGUUCAGUAUUACUGCAAGGCAGCAUUGCGAGAGCCCAAUGGCCUGACACACAAAAAUCAGCAAGUGUUCAUCGUCAUGAAUCCUAUCGACCUCAACCUGGAGCCGCCAAUUCUUGCACAACCAUUUCGGUGUGAGAUUGAACACAAGUUGGGAGUAAGUUGUGUCAACUCUGGCCCCGUGGUGUGUCGUGUGGCCCUCGACAGGGGUGGCUAUGUGCCCGGAGAAACAAUUGGCAUCUCUGCCACAGUCUAUAACAAGAGUCGAGUCACCAUCAAGGGGACAAAGGCUUCUCUCACAGAGACCAUACAGUACCUGGCCCGUAACAAAGUUCUGCAGACUGAGACAAGGGAACUAGCGUCACUGAGUCGGGGCAAGAUACGACCAGGAGAUGGCGAUGAAUGGAAAAAUGAGCAGUUGUACGUUCCACCCCUCCCACCAACUAACUUGCGGGGCUGCCACCUUAUCAAGAUCCAGUAUGAUGUCUAUUUCAUCAUUGAUCCAAAGAGCUUCGAAAAAGAGAUCAAACUACAGCUGCCGAUCAUGCUUGCUACAUACCCCCUGCGCUCACCAGAUGGCACCCUACGCCGCAAGCAAGGCACGCACUAUCCAUCAACAUUGCCAAUAUUUCGACCCUGGCUGGAUGAGAAGACUGUUGACUGACUGGCAUCUGCAUAAGGAAACAUAAACACUAUUAACACUACCAGGGGUAUGAAGGUUUGUGAGGUACACAGUGCUCUGGGGUGUAGGUUCCUGUCUUCAGGCAAAAUCAUUAUUUGUCACACACAAAUUCUAUUGCUUCUUAACACAGGACUCCACAAAAGCAACUUAAAACAACUUAACCAAAUCUACUGGCUUGCAAGCUCACAGUAAAUUCAUAAAAACAUUACCUAAGCAUCACUGAUCUGUGUUCACUCAACCUGUGAUGGGGGGACAAGCAUAUUUUUGGGAAACUGUUUUUACACACGAAAAUGCAGCUCAACAUUUGUUACACCUCCCAAGCAUCAUGGUAACUUUGCAAAAGAGGCAGUUUGGAAGCAUACUUUUGAAGACACCUUGAAAUAUAUCGAUAUUUCAGUAAAUAUGCAUAUUAAGACCUGCCUAAACUGUCACUACUGCACUGAGAUGGCCGUCUGUCUACUGACUGUGAUGUAAUCACACAAAAUAAAACACUAGUACCACAUUACAACUACAAGACCACAGAUAUUUAACAGGAAAGUUACAAUGGAUGUACCCUGUUGUGGCCUCAAUCAGUAACCUGAAGACAGAAACAGGUGUAACUCACAACCCUUCACAUUUGAACCUCUCCACUGCCUUUUUGUUUCUUGAUUUAAUGGCACUUUGUCAACUAUGUAAGUUACAUUACAAUGGAUGGAAGGAUCAUUCUGAAUUUUGAAUUUCAGAACAAGCAGAGCCGAAACAACGGGCUGGCACAGAACUGCUCAAAUUCUAUUUAGGAGGUGCUCAGUUUGAGGCUCAACCAGGACACCAGCUAUCCUGGCUGAGGAUUUUAAUGUUUCUUCUCAUCAUUUCUUCCAGCAAAUGCCAGAUUGGCGCCUCAAUUAGGCCACAACUGCUUCACUAUGAAUCCUUCCAAAUUCAGUAUUUAUCAACUACCCAACAAUUUCAUUGAUAAGUCUAUCCAUCAACAACCUCAUAAAAUACUCCACACACACACACACACACACACAAGUUGGAAUAAAGUUGCGUCAGCUUACUUUGAGGCACAGUGUUUGCCUGGAGAGACUGUGGUAUCACAAAAAGUUUCAGUCAGGAUAAAGAGUAUGUGUGCCAAGAUCCAAACCUGGGACCUACAAGGAAGAGUCCUAACAACUAGAAUGUGAUAUUUAGUCCACUGUGACCCUCAGGUAAAAUUUAGAGGAUGUACAGGCCUCAGGAAUUUUCAGUAAAACUUUGCAAUCCAUAUGUGAUUUCUAGCAAUUAGUGAGAGACCACUUGAGACAGUAUGAGUGAAAGAUGGAACAACAUAACAAGAUGGCUGUUAAUCACUAACCCAUUAAAUAUCACAGUUUCUUAAAUAUUUCUGUACACGUCACAGUGAGAAGAGACUCUAGAAGGAGCCCACUGAGUUGGCCAGAGUGUGAGGGAAUGUGACAUUAGCAUCACAUCAGUUACAUAUGCCAUCCUCAGACAAUGGACCAACUAAAGCUGUUACUUGUAAUGUUUCCGCUGAUGUAUGGAAAUGUGAUCAGUCUACAAGAAACAGCUCACAGUUGGGGUUUGUGAGGGAAAAACGUGUCACUGGGAGGUUCAUGUACACGUAAGUGAUGCUGCACAGUGAUGUAUACAGAGAUUUAUUAUUACAUAAUUUAAUGAGUAUAUAUAAAUUAAUGUCAAUAAAAUGUCGAGAAAGCUUCA